AUGAAAACGGCUUGUUUUCUUCUACUUUCCUUCUUCGCACAAAGUUCACAAUUAGGUAUUUUUAUUUGUAUUUUUUCAGAGUAAUCAGGAAAAUUAUUUUUCAGGAGACAUACCCGACGAUCACACCAUUUGGAAGAAAGACAAUGUCGAAGAUGCUAUGGUGAUUUUUUGUGAAAUUUGAAAAAGGCGUGAAAUUUCAGAAAAUAUCGCAUUGGAGGGUAUUUUUGGGGAAUUAUCUUGAUUUAUCAAAAAAAAGUACAUUUUUUGAAAAGUUACUGAUAUUAUAGUCCAUCCGCCGCGAAUUGACAGUUUUCGCGUGUCUGCGUCUCUGUGUUCCCUCACCGACAAGGUCAGAGAAACAUGGAAAUAGCACGGGGAAAUGAGAGGGAAGUCGAGAGAUAAGGAUGGCGCAGAGUAGUCCCGCCCUUCCAAGUCGCGAAAAACGGACUAUUAUUGUAUACCCAGAAAAAAAGGGAAAUUUUCGAACUGCCGCAAGAAUCGCUACAGAAAAAGCCGAGAAAAAUUGAAUAAUAGACGAAUUUUUCCAGGUUUUGCACGCACCUCUGAACCGAGGCAGUCGAUUGGAGCGUUCCGGAAGGAUCCUCCGUGAAGUCGACGAGAUGAUGUACCGGAUUCAGAACGGCGGAGGUCGCAGCGCUGGCAGCCUGGCUCAGAUGACGUCACGCGUCGAGAGAGACGUCGGCGUGUUCCAGGAGGAGCGGCCGAAGCGACACCACUUGGAACAGUCGUCUGGAUAUUCGGAGAAGAUGGUGAUGAGAGAGGACGACGAGUCUGAAAGUGGAGCCGGAGCAGCUGGAAGCCGUGUCAAACGCGACUUCAAGGAGAGCAUGGGCGGCAUGGGACAUCGAGUCAAGAGGGGUCGAAUCUUACGCGAAGCUGAAGUCAGUCAUCUGGAGACGUCUGAGAAGACGAUUUCCGAUGGAGCUGGAGCAGUUCACCAUGAGGAGUCAGAGAAGACACUCUCCCGGCCGACUCGCGAUUUCAAGGAGAGCAUGGGCGGCAUGAGACAUCGAGUCAGAAGAGAAGGAAGAGCUGGACGUGAAGCUGAGGUCAGCCACCAAGAGAAGUCCGAAAAGACGGUCACCGAUGGAGCUGGAGCAGUUCAACAUGAGGAGUCAGAAAAAACCAUCUCCCGACCAACUCGUGGUGAAACUGAAGUCAGUCACCAGGAAAAGUCUGAGGCUCUCCUUGGCGGCCUGGGUCAUCGAGUUCGAAGAGCAGGAAGAGCCGGACGUGAAGCUGAGAUUAAUCUCCAGUCCGAGGGAGCUGGAGCUACUCAUCAUAAAGAGUCUGGAAAGACCCUCUCUCGUCAAGUUCGUGACUUCAAGGAGAGCAUGGGCGGCAUGGGACAUCGCGUCAAAAGAGGAAGAGCUGGACGAGAUGCUGAGGUCAGCCACCAGGAAAAGUCGGAAAAGACUAUUUCCGAUGGAGCUGGAGCAGUUCAACAUGAGGAGUCAGAGAAGACCAUCUCCCGGCCAACUCGCGACUUCAAAGAGAGCAUGGGCGGCAUGGGACAUCGCGUCAAGAGAGGUAGAGCUGGACGAGAAGCUGAAGUCAGCCACCUGGAGACGUCUGAGAAGACGGUUUCCGAUGGAGCUGGAGCAACUCUCCACGGAGAAUCUGAGAAUACCAUCUCCCGGCCAGUUCGCGAUUUCAAGGAGAGCAUGGGCGGCAUGGGACAUCGCGUCAAAAGAGGAAGAGCUGGACGAGAAGCUGAAAUCAAGCUCCAGAAAGAGUCCGAAAGUACCCUUGAACGAAAGGAAAGAGACACGAAUCCCAUGGACGGACAGCGCGUCGAGAGGCACGCCAAUGAGGAGUCCCGCCACGACGGCAUCGUUCAGCGAUCAACUCCAGCUCCGGCCGCCAACUACGGACAAGGAUUCCAGCCUGCUGCCCUUGGAUAGGUGAACUUGGUGAGAAUUUCUCAUUUUUUUUUUUUGAUAGUUGGUUCGGUAGAUUCAUGUUAGAAGACCAACCAUUGAAAAAGAAAUUGAAAAUUGAAAAUUGAAAAUUAAAAAAAUUUGACAAUUGAAGUUUCACACGUUUUUGCGUAACAUACACGUAGGUUAUGUCAUAUACGCUUUUUUAAUACAAAAAAAUAAAAAAAUCAAAAAAAUUUUUCUGAACUCGCAUUAGCCGCGGAGCGCGCUUUCCUCUUCUACAUGAAUUUUACUUUUUCCGAACUUCGCUUUUUUUAAAAUCGACUUUAUCAUUGAUUUCGCAUCAUUUAUCACUAUUUUACAGCGAUUUUUCCUUAAAAUAAUAUAUUUUUGAGCUCUUUUUAUACGCUGCUCUCAUAUUAUCCUCAAAAUCUUUUUGAAUAAAAGGAAAAAAAUCGGAUAAUCUUCAUUUGGGAUUCUUUAAUGACUUUCUAGGUUUUUUUGGUUGAUUUUCAAAAUAAUCAUUAUUUUUUUCAGAGCUCAACACAAGCUGCACGUCAAUAUCAGCUGUAAAUACACUAAUUGUACAAAUUCGAAUCAUUUUUCCAUGUACAUAUUGAACAUAAAUCUUUAUUCUUAUUUUUUUGUUUUUCGGAAUAAGUUCAAUGCUUUCUCCACAUGUUAUCGUACAUAUUGAAGUAAAGAUCUUUGCCUCGACGGCUCAGGCGUCGGAGCGAAUCGAGUCGCUCUUUCCGGACUCUGGCGCCACGUCUCAAACAGUAGAUCAUCACCAGCGGCGAGCCGAGCGUGUAUAUUGGCACGAACUGAAGGUUUUUUCAAUUUUGAAGCGUGUUUUUGAAGAAUAUUGAAUGGAAAUCGAAGUUUUUGUUCAUGCCUGAAUUAUAUUUUUUUCGGAGCUUAUCGAUGAUUUUUUUGUAAUAUUUUUUUAAAGAACAUUGACGAAACGCAUAAAAAAAUAUCUAGUCUUUGUUAAAAUGACCAUUUUUUUACUUUUUUUAAUUAUCUAAUCAAAAAAAUUUUGUAGGUUUUUUUAUCUAUUUUCAAGUCUUUUUCUAAUCAUAUUUGCUGGAAGACGUAAUUUAUCGAACUUUACACAAUUUUAAAAUGAUCGUAUCGAAAGUUUGAUUAAAAUGAAUGAAAAUUAAAGAAAUACAGAAAUCAAAACUUUUUUCAGAAUCUAUUUAGAAGUGAAACUUUUUUUCAAGUAUUUUUUUUUACCAUCUUACGUUUUUGUGAUUUAAAAACACUUUCACGUUUUUUUAUUUUAUUUUAUGAGGAAAAGGUAUAUUUUUUAUAUACAUAUUUUUAAUAGAAAAUCGUAUAGUGAAGAGAGGGGCCCCUGAAAAAGUUUUACUUUUCAUUAAAUUUUUUUCCUUUGAAUAAAUAUUGAAGACUUACAUAGACGGCUGUGAGGAAAACCCGAUAACUGAUCUCGUUUGAGAAAAGUGGCCGGAAUUUGUUGACGCUCAUGACGACGGCACUGUAGGCCACGUAGAAGAACAUGUGGAAGAGGAGGAGUGGGAGAAGAAGUUGGAAAGCUUCUUCGUUUUCCAUCAGUUGGCUCUUUUUCGGGACGUCGCCGCAGGUUUGUCUUGAAAAAGUGAUUUCAAAAAAGUUCUCGAAAAAUGACUAGAUUUCCAGUGCAUUUUUCAUGAGUUUCUCAGCGAGGACUUUGAAAAUAACUGCAAAAUUGAGGAAAAUCGACUUGAAAUUUGAAAAAAAUAGUGUUUGGCUUGAAUUUUCCGACGUUUUAUCAUUAAAAUUUUCUUUAAAAGGUCCUUUUUAGCAGAGCUGUUCUCGGGGCGGCCCCGGUCGACCGAGGGCGCCCCGAUUUGCGGCGUGUUCGAGGGCGGCCGCGGUCGGCCUUUGGUAAGGGUCAACUCGGUCGACCCGUAGAUACAAAUUUUUUUUUUGACGCCCGGUUUUUUGCGAGUUAUAAGAAAGCGAAAGAAGUGCAAGUUUCACUGAAAUGAAAGUGAAACAAAAAAACAUUUUUAUCGAGCACACAAAGAAGAAAAACCGAGGAAAUGAGAUAUUAAUCCAAAAAUUCAAUAGUUUUCUAAGUGGCCAGAACAGUUUACAGAACUAGAGAAAACGAAAUAAUUAAUAAAAAAUAAUUUGAAAUUUUCACAUCAUCAGGAAUUUCAUUUUCGCAAAAAAUUCAUUCAAACCACUAUUUGAAAUAUUAUUUUUUUAUUUACAACGAGAAAAACGAAAAAGAUUCGAAAAAGUGAAGUCAAAAAGCCCGAUUUCUAUCAAAAACAAUAAAAUUAAACUUUUCAUGGAUCAUAAAUAACUUAAACAUUCAUUUCCAAUAUGAAAAAACGAAAUAAAAACAAAAAAAACGGAAAAAAAAAUCCUCGCGCUCGCUUCGGGGGCCUGAAUGAAAACCGCUUCGCGGGCCGGGGCGCUCAGGGGCGCGUCGCGGUCGGGUCGGGGCGGCCUCGGCCAGGGUCGCCCCGACUUGAGAACAGCUCUGCUUUUUAGGAUAAAAACGACUCAAAAAGGUCAGAAAGGUCCGUUUUACGAGAAUAGGGCUUAAAAGAAGGUUUUUAAUGUUUUUUGGGAAAGAAACUUCUGGUUGCUUUUUUAAAAAUUCUUUUUUUUUUGAGUGCUUCAAAAAGCUCAAAUCAUUUUUUUUUUUUUCGAAAACCGACUUUUUAAUAAGCCUCCUGUUGAACUGAAACAGGGCGAUCGUGUAAAUAAACAGAAAUAUUUCGAAUAUUGCCAUCGCCAGGGCGGACCACGCGAUAUCGUCAAAACUGCCAGAAUCGGCCACCGAACAAAAAAUUGUCGGUUUGGUAAAAUUGAAAUUCCGUAGGGCGAGUAGCGUAAGAGAGCCGCCGAUGGUUAUCUGAAAUAUAUAUUUUUUUGUAGGGAAGUUAUAUUUUCGGUCAAAAGUGAUACUUUGAAUGUUGGAGUAGAUUGGGGAUUUUCAUGACGUUUCGAAAUUUAAAUGAACAAACAAUUUUGUGACUUUUUGCUUCUAGUUUAAGGACACUAACGCGAUGAAAAAAUCGUUGUGGGUAAAUUUAGUUUUUCGGAAAAUUUAGAGGUAGAUUUACUCCGUAAAAGUUUUCAAUUAUGCGUCAUGAUUAUGGACACACCUCUAUUCUCACUGAUUUUUCAAGCAGACAAAAAAAUAUCUUUCCGACUUUUUUUAGAAAGUAAAAUUUAUUUUUUUGAAUAAAUAAGAGUAUUUUUCAGGUAUUGGGUUUAGGAUUAUACUCGAAGAUCUUCUUAUUUAUUUUUUUUUUCUUUCAAAAUGAUAGUCCUUCACUUUUGGGCGGUUUUUUGAGUUGAUAAGGCUAGAAUUUAUGGGCAUAACCUUAUAAAUAAUUUAUAAAUACACUAUUUUUAACAUUUUUACCAUGAGGGCCAUUAUUACGAAUCCACUGGCACCGGAUGACUGCCAAUAAUUGGCUAUAAUUAAAGUCGCCAGGCUUCUUUCGAUAGUCAACCCGAAAUGAAUCAUCGAAUACAUCCUAAAAUUGACCAAAGUCCAAUAAUCAUCGAAUUUCCGUUCAAAAAUCCAUGCUGGAACGUUUAACUGUUUAUUUCGUUUCGAAACCUUUUUUUUCGAAUCUAGUUCAUGCUCCUUUAAACAACCCAGCAAGACUUUUAGAAAAAAUGUAAGAAUUUCCAAGUUUUACGCGUAGCAAAAGGUGAUGGAAAAACGGAAAACGGCGCAAAUUUGGCCGGGCAUCAAUGCGUCGCACGUGUUGGGCUUUUGCCAAGCGAUUAGGUGGUAACCCUGGAAAUUUUUGAAAAAUUAAAAAAAAUGAAGUUUUUAAACCAUUUGAAUGAUGACAAAGGUUGAGUGGAUGAGGUUGAAAAUGACGAGCGAUUGGACGAUUGUCUGUAAUAUUUUUAGGUUUUUCUCUUUUUUUUUCUAUAUAACUUGACAAACUACAUGGAAGAGUAUGAGCUCAUUUUGGGUCGGUUUUUUCAAAAUUUUCAAAAUUUUCAGGACUUUUCUUGUGUUGAACAACUUGUAAGGAGACGGUCCGAAGGUGUAAUUAGGAAAAAAUUUUCCGCUUUUUCAAUUUUUUGAGUUUAAUCGAAGAAAUAUAUAAGCAAAACUGUAAGGAAAAAUGCACUGAAAGAAUUUUAAAUUAUAUAUUUUUCCGAUUUUUCGAAUUUUCUUUUUUUUUCGGAAAUCUGAAGAUUUUUAAUACUGCAAAAGAGUGGCUAUGUAACUAUCAAAUUUCUUCUCAACCGGCCCUUUUUACCAGUUUUCAAACUCGAAAAAUACGGUAGCAGGGGAAUGGCUCAUUUUUAAGCCGUAAAAGACCGCAACUUUUUGGACAGUCCUCCUAACAAGGGAGGUCAUUUUACUUUGCAUUCUUCUGAAAAAUGGCUAGAACCCUCCUUGAUGUUUAAGAAGAAGGUUCUGAAAGUCUCAAGCUGAGGCAAGACGCCUUGAAGCCCAAGAAACCCCUCAAAACCCAUAAAAAUAGGCUAUUUUGAGACUUUAGGCCCUUAAUUCUCGAAAACUAAGAAGUUAUGAAGGUUGAGACUUUGAGGAUUUUCGUCUGAUACAUCCAUAGGAUUCUGGCCGAUUUUCAGAAAAUGUCCCAACCGCAAAGUAAAAUGACCUUCCUUGUAAGGUUAUCCAAACCUUAAAGUUGGCAUGGAAAUAAGACAUCUUCCGAGCGUAAUAGUGAAGCUGUAGGUUGGAAAUAACUGAUAAUAUUGCAGUUAUCAGUUGAAAAAACAAGGCGUAGUACUGUAAUGGGUUGUUGAGCUGUUCUUCAGCCUCAUGGCAAGCCAUUUUCAGUCGGAAUGAGAAAUUUCGUGAUUCAGAAGUUCAGAAAAAUAUUGAAAAAACAGAACUUGAAGAGAAGUUUUUCUGAAUGUUUGUUGGAAAAGGGUAGAAGCUUAAAUAGGCAAAGUCAUGCGAUGGGAAAGUAGGCUCCUGGGAAAGUAAUUUUGGAGGGUCAGGUACGUAGGAGAAAGGUGUUUGGAAAUAAUUAGUCGGUUUAUUUUUGAGUCGGGUCCAAGUAGACCGAAUUUUAUGGUCUUUAAACCGAUUAAAAAUAAUCUACUUCGGUCAGUUUAUGAGUGGAGGUCUGUAAACAAGAGUUUACGGUCCGUAAAUACGAUUUUCAGUUGUUUUAGUUUACCAGGCACAAUCUAAAGUUGAAAAAAAAAAUAAUCAGUCGGUUUAUUUUUGAGUCGGGUUCAAGUAGACCGAUUUAUGAGAUCCUUGGAAGCUUUGAUGGUACUUUAGCCGGUGGGAAAUGAAUUCUUUUGUUCUUUUUUUGAGUUGAGAACUGUGGAUGGCAGUUUGCGGCCCGUAAAUUGGUUUACAAGCGGAAAUAUUACAAUAAAUCUACACUGGAUCAUUUUUUCUCUUCCGCCAUGAUACCCGAAGUCUAUAGAUUACAAUUUACGAUCCGUAAAUAGGGACCAAAGUAGGAAUAUUAUAAUUUCAACGAAUUUUUACACUGACAGAAUUUAAAGAUAGAUUAAAGAUAGUGGUUUAUCUUAUUUUUCGAAUUGGGUUCAAGUAGAUCGAUUUUUUUGAGAGCCUUGAAUGCUUUGAUGGCCUUUUUAACCGAUUGAUAAUGAACCAAUUUGUUCUGUUUUUGAGUCGAGACUUGUAGAGGACAGUUUACGCCCCCCCUCCCCCUCCCUUCCCCCAUUCUCUUAAAAAAAUUACAAUUUACACUAAAUAUACAAAAAAAUUUAAUGAUUUUUGUUUCACUGCAGAGUUUAGAACUGUGAGGACAGCUCACGGUCCGUAAAUGGGUUUUCAGUAAACUCCGAAUGUUUCAACACAUAUUCUACCCAGGAAUAAUUAAAAGAUGAAUAAAAAAUAAUAAUUCAGUCUAUUUUUUAAAUGGGUAUAAGUAGACCGAUUUUUGAGGACCUUGGAAGCUUUGAUGGCCUUUUAACCGAUUGAUAAUUAACAAAUUCGUUCCGUUUUUUUGAGUUGAGGUCUGUAGGAAACACUUUACGGACCGUAAAUAGGUUCACAAGCAAGAAUAUUACAAUUUUAUUACCAAGUUUUCAAAAAGUGGAUUAUUUAGUUUCUUUUUCAAGUGAAGACCUGUAGGUGACGGUUUACGGACCGUAAAUGGGUUUUGAAAUAAGAUAAUAUUGUAAUUCGAUUUACUCUGAAAGCAUUUGAAGUUCUUCAUAGUUCUGGACUUUUUGAAGUAUUUGAAGGUUUGAUUAAUUUACGGGGCUGUUUGAAAGCCGUAAAUGUAAUUUUUUUUUCUCAAUUAGAAUCAUUUAUAACUCCAGAAGAAGUUCAGAAAGUGAGAAACUACCAAAAUAAAAGUUUAUUGGCCGAUUUUUAGCUUGGAUUCCUUCAAAUUACUCAAUAUUUUAUCAAGACAACUCUAAAUUCUUACUAUUCGAAGUUUUUCUUUUCUUCGAAAUGUUUUUUGCGACACGUCUGAUAUUUCGAGCCAUGUGCUCAGACUUUUUCCGUACUUUCCCUACGUUUUUACCUAUAAAUAGAAGAGAUUAGGUGACACGUCGUGAGAAAGUUUCAUUACGGGGCCAUUUGUCACCUUUUUUUCGAAUCUCCUGGAAAAAUCAGAAGGGCAAAGGAGAGACACGCAAUAUGACGCUUAUAUAGACGUGUGAAAAAAUGGAGAUAAGCUAGAAGAAAGAUCUACAGUGACUACAGAAACAGUCGUUUUUCUCGGCAAGACCACUUACGUAAUUUUUUUUACCCUUAAUCACUUUAGUAAAUUUUAUUGCGUUUUCUGGUUUAUUUGUGAAAUAUUAUAGACUUUUUUAGUUCAGCCUCAUGUCAUAGGAAGAUGGGAUAGAAGCCGUGAAAAUUGAUUAUUCGAUCAAAAAUGAGAAAAAUCUAGCGUGACAGAAAUUUUCUCAUGGUUAUUUUUUUACGCAAUGCAACUCCCAUCAGGUUUGGCUAUCAUUCAGAAAAGUUCAUUCAGUUUCGGCCUGGAGCAAGAAUGAAGAAGUUUAAAGUCCCAUCAUGAGCUCAGACUGGUCCACCUAAACCUCCUCUUUUUGCGCACUGCCUCGCGAAUUUUGUACAGAUCCUCGCUGAAAAUCUCGAGUCAGCCGUGGGAGAACCAUAUUUUUUCUGAAAACAAGUAAAGAGUUUGUUUUGCUCUGUUCAAAUCGUGAUGAAGCUUGUUUCAAAAAAGAAAAUCUCGACUUUUUCUUCAAACUUGAGCGGGGAUCAAACUUGUGACCCUGUGCACCGUAGACAGGCACACAACCUGUUGCGCUACGACGCGCCCUAGUUAUAGACUUUUUUUUGAAGCUUCGAAGCGUCAUAAACCGACUAUGAAGCAAAAGUCAAGUGAUUUUUCUUCUUCUGAAGUCAAGAAACCCUGAAGAACCGUUUUGCAAAGUUUCAAAAACAUUUUAAUAAAAAAUACCUUCCUUGUGAGGUCAAGAAAAAAAAACCGAGAUUUAUUCAUUCAAGGAUCAUGGCGUUUCGACCUCCUGGUGAUGGUGUUGUACCAGAUGACGUUGUUCUGUUCAGUCCAACUGCUCUUCGUCAUCUUCCUCGACUACAUGCCUAGCACUUACUGCAAUGACUGUUGGUUUCUCAAUGAUUUUGGUGUCGCAUUUGGAAUGGCUCGAAGCGUCGCGGUCAGCAGACGGUUCAGCAGCUUGCUCUAAUGCUUUCUGAUUCCUUCCGAGGUCAUUUUUCUCUGCGGUUAGGGUUAUCCCAAAAUUUGGCACUUCUUGAUAUACCAAAAGAGGUUGAGAAAGCUUCAAUCUGCACAACUGUCUAGUUUUCGAAAAAAUGAGGACCCUUGCCCAAAAAUUUUAAAAGAUCUCGGUUUAUUUUUGACUUUGAGGUGUCCUUUUUCGAAAACUAGGAAAUUUUUUGUGUUCUGACCAAUUUUCAGGAAAUGCUCAACCAAAAAAAAAAUAAUCACCCUUGUAAGCGAACCAUUCCAAAUGCGAAUUGGCGGUUUUCAGCAUGAAGAAAAGAAAGCGCCGAAUAAUUUUGUUUCCUAAAGAUGUUUCUUUGCAGCCGACUACUGUUAUAAAGUCAAAAAACCGUGUCUGGCCAACUACGACCCAACAAAACCGAACAUUUGUCCUGUGAAUUCUACUGAUUUUGUUGGUUUUUCGCAGUUUUCUUCGUUUAGGGGUCUCUUGAGGAUGCUUCUUUAUUCUUCUCGCUCUUUUUAGAUUCGGUCUUUCUUAAUUAACACCUAGUAUCAAAACUCCUUCAGAGAUCGCUUGAGCUUCUCCUAGUCCUUUUAAAAAAUUUGAAUUUUUCGCAGGACGUCUGUGUCAGAGAACACAAGACCCUGCAGUUUCAUUCAGCUCAGUUUGACUACCAGCACGGUUGUCAACCCUUUUUUGACUUGUGAGUUCACGAAUGAAAGUGAAAAAGUGUCCGGUUGAGAAUUUGAUGGAACUUUGCCAAGAUGACUUCUCAAUCAGUCGGAAAAGCUGCGCUUUCAGUUUUUUCGUAGGGUCUUAAAGACGAAUCUUCGAAAACUAGAGAGUGUUCAAAAGUCAGAGGAUUAGAGUUUUUUGUCUCUCUGCUCUCUCUUGUUUCCCAGAGCUCUCUAGCUACUAGUUACGAAGAUUCGAGUCCCUAAGAUCCAAAAAUAGAUUCAUCAAGCCUUAAAGUUUGGACUGUACCAUUUUAGUGAGAAAAAAGAAGGUUUUUGGCUUUUCUGGUCCGUCUUAACUCUACUAAAAAACGCAAAUAACAGUUUUUUUUCCAUUUUCAUCAGAAUCAGGGUUUAUUAGAGUACCUCUCUUUCAAUUGAGUUUUCAACUUGUAACUUUCUUGAAAAAAAAAAACUGAGAAUCUAUAAAACUCAGCUUCUCCGCGGCAACUUCGCAAUUCUCGGGAAUGCUCUUCGGGAAUAUUAUCCUUGGGUACGCUUCCGAUAGGUUGGGCCGUCGCAAGAUCCUCCUCCUCUCCAUGUUGGUCGGAAUCCCUUGCCUUGUUCUCAGCGGUAUUUAUCAAAAUAGCUAAUUUGUUACAUUGACCGAUUCCCAGCCGCCAUCCCAACCCUCUGGGCCUUUUACACCUUCCGAAUCAUCAAUGGUUUCACGAUUGCUGGUUUGGUUGUGAAGAAAGGAAGUUCAAGAAGAAGUAUUUGAGGAACUCUAACGGUCGGCUGGUCGUACGGAUCAGAAAUGAUCUCUCCAAGGCAACGGCUGCGUCUUCGAGCCAUUCCCAAUUGGGUGAGAUUUGGGAGCUUGUCCUAGGAAGUAGGCUUCUGUAAUGGCCGGCCCGCCAGGCAUUUCGUAAGCCCCACCGGGCCCGGGCCUCAAACAAAAAUGGCCGACCCAGCCCAAAAAGCUCCGAAGUCAAACAUCAGACUUUCUUACGACAAAAGUCACGUUUUUGGUUCUUGGUUUUGCUUAAAUAUCAAUAGAAACUAUCAUUAACAAGUAAAAAGUUUUUUUCGGGGAAGUUAGGGAAAAAAUGGUUUCUGAAAAAUUCACUCGCAGCCUGUUCUGACUUGAGCCCGCGCAGACGCAAAAAAUGAUGCUCAAAGCCCGGACCGGCCACUCCGACGCACCUGCUUACACCGAAUAGGUCACGGGAUUUUUCGUGACAACAAAAAAUGCUCCAUUUCGCUUUUUUUAGGGGGGUCGGAAAAAUCACGCCUAUAGUAAGCUUGUUCUAAAAUGUUCUAUACCUUUCUAGACUUUUACGGUUGUACUACGUCAUAGGGACCUCUCUUUUACAAGUUUCCUUCUAGAAAAUUCCAUACCUUUCUAAAUCAAUUCCAGAAUGUUCUGUCUUUUUGAAAAACUUUAUGUAGGGACCGCAAGCCAUUUCUUCAGAACGAUUCAAAAAAUAUGUUUUUCACAUUGUUCGAUAGAGGAGACUGUCCAUUUUCAUAAUCCGUUUAGUUUUAGAAAAAAGCUCCACUAAGAAAAAAGUUAUGGCCAAAAAACUAGCGCGCGCGGCGUUCAACUGGAGGCAAAAUCUCACGGUUUACCCGCUGCCGCACGCUUUCUUUUUAAUUGUUUUUGCGCGUUUCUGAACCGUUUUCGAAUCGGUUUUCUGUUCUGAGAGGUUGUCAGAACUGAGCUUAACGUUUUGGUAUGAAUCUUUUGUAUAACUAUCAUAAGAAUUUUUGAUAAAAUAUCAAAAAACUACUUAGAAAAAAGGUCAGAAGGAAUUUUCAGCUUAUUUUUCUCUUUUCUAAUCAGAAAAAUUAUUAUCAUUCGGUUUGGAAGAAAGAAAAAAUGAAAAAUGAUGUCAUUUCGAAAUAAAACAGGAAAAAGUGCAAUUUGACUUCGAAAAACGGCUCCUGCGACAUUUAAAAGGGCGCAUCGGUGUGUUUGACGCAAACACUGCAACGGACACUUGCACGAAAUCUUCCAAAAUUUCAAAAAAAAUUGCCAUUUUUUCGAGGUUUUCAAAGCCGUUAUUUUUUUCGCGUCGAUCGAUUUUUUUCAUAAUUUUUUCAUUGAUAGAGUUUUGAACGCUUAAUAACAUAAUCAAAGAUAUAGACGCGAUCCUAUUCUCUCAUGCGUCAACGAGGCAGACGAAAAAAGGAGGUUUUGGAAAACUCAAAUAUAAUUUGAUUCGCUGUCCCAAUAAUUAUUUUUCAUUUUUGAAUUUUUUUAUUUUUUUGAACACAUUGUGAGUUAUUAAAUCAAAUAAAAAGUAUACCAUGUCGCUGAAACUUUUUUUCGCAUUUCAGCUUCAAAGUUUGGUGUCACUUUACAAGCUUUUAAUAUUUUUUUCGCGUCGGUAGAUUUUUUUCAUUUUCCCUCAAAAAAAAUAAAGAAAGUGUUAAUGUAUAACAUACUUAAAAUUUAGAAGCGUUCCUCACUUGGUUUUCUGAAACGCGACGAUUUUUGUGAAACUUGUCAGUUUUUUUCGUGUUAAAUCUUACUUUUUUUCGCUUAUUUUUUUGAAAAAAAUACAUAGUUUUUAAAAAAAUAUUCAGUCUUGUAGAGCGUUGUCGAUUACAUAGUUUAACAAAAAAACAGUUCAUUUUUUUAAAGUGGGACUUUAGCUAGUAUAAACGCCUCAAAACCGUUUUUUUGCAACAAAAAAAUCGUCAUUUUGGUGGCGUGAAGGGGCGGGGCUUUGCGCCCCCUAACUUUAUGGACUUUUAAAGUUGAGAAAAAAAUCUACGAUUGACCUUAUUUUUUGAUGCCUUUUUCCUUUCUCAUUCUAUUCAAAGCUGUAGUUUGAACUAAUUUUAAAGUGAAAAAAGAUAGGAAUUUUUUUUUGUACAGGAAUCAAUAUUUUUUCAUCUUGUAUUUAGACUUCUUGUGGCUUUUUUCGAAUUUUUUGAACCAAAAAAGUUCAUUUUCCCCUAACUUCAGGCCAACGCAAGGCUGAUGAUGACGGGUUUGGCUUGGCUGGCCGGCGAAUGGCGAUUGACGACUUUUCUCUGUGCCGGUGUAUCUUGUAUCACCAUUCCCAUCGUCUGGUAUCUACCUGAGAGUCCGACUUUUUUGCGACAAAAAGUUGAUUUUAUCAUUAGAAGCGUUUUGGAAAAGUGCAUCUUCUAGGGAAGGUUCCAAGAGUCUGAAGACGCCAGGGAAAGGAUCGCCACUCUCACUGGAGAGGAAUUUAAGCCAGGUUCAUCUUAUUUCAAAAAAAAAGCUUGAAUAUUAUUUUUCCAGGGAAUAUUGAGGAAGUCAAGAAGCUGAGGAACAUAACCAUCAAAAACAUUUUCACCGAACCCGUCCUAAGAAAAAGAUUCCUCAUUCUUUGCUACAUGUAAGCUGGGAAGAUUUUUGAAAAUUUAAAACCAAAAAAAUUCCAAAGGUUAGAUGGAAAUGUGAACUAGAAGUAUUAAAGUCACAAGAAAACACCGAAAAACUCAUCUGCUGAAACCCUUGAAAUUGACCAAAAACGAAAGAGUUUCCCAACGUGUGGUCUCGCCGCGAAAAAAAGUGGCCACGUAAAUUUUGUCCAGGUUGAUUUUUAAGGCAGUUUUUACAUGCAACAUGUUUAUAGGAAUGGUAUAUAGUAGUUUUUUGAUAAAUUUUUUAAUGCGUCAGGUGUGAAUAGGCUCAUCCUACCUAAUUUGCUAAAAAAUGUGCAAGAAUUUAGCGUGCGGACCUUAAAAUAAUUGAAAAAAACGAGAGAGUGUCAAUGUGUGUUUUCGCCGCGAAAAAGAACGGCUGUCACUCAGGUUACUGUAGGCUGCACUUUUUGCGCUUUUAUCAACCUCAUUUAUCAGGAAAAUAUGUUUCUGAGGAUAACUUUUCGAUAAAAGUGGAGAAUGGCUCUCAGCUUCUGUUGUCCCGAAGAAAAUUAAAGGAAAAGCAGUUUUAAUAGUAAUUAUAGACAGAAAAUAGACAAAAAGCGUUCUCCAAUCAGACCCAUUGAUUUUUAUGACGAAUUUUCUAAUUUUCCACAAAGAAACAACCUAAUUCUAUCCAAUCAAUUUGUAAUUUCUUGAAAAUUGAGUCUGACCACCUUAAAACAAUAAAAAAACACUAGCAAGUAGCGAUGCGGGGUGUCGACGCGAAAAAUAGCAGCUGCCAAGGAGAUUACUGUAGGCUUUUCUGCUCGCUUUUAUCAAGUUUCUUUAAGAAAUUUUGAGGUUUUUGAUAGAGAUUUUAACUUCACAGCGUCGACAACGGCCCCAGAAAACUUUUGACUUACUAACUCGAAAGAAAUCUCGAUUUGAGUCGUUAAUAUAAGCUGAAAUAUCAUAAAAUCGGCGUUCUGACCUGGUUUAAGAUCGUUUUUUGAUCUAUUGCUUAAUGCUCCAGGUGGAAAGAGGCUCAGACUAACCAAUUUAAUAUAAAAUAUUCUGGAAUUAGACCUGGUUGCCUUAAAACAAUCAAGAAACUAUGAAGUAUAACAAUUGGGGGUCUUGCCGCGAAGAGAAGCGGCUGCCAAGGAGGUUACUGUAGGUAUCUAUCCCCCGCUAUUUCCUCAGUUUUUUGGCUGGAUUUCAAAGUAUUCCAGUAGGAAUUUCCAACAUCAACACGAUAAAACAUUUUUUAAGUUCUUUUUGGCUAAGGGAAUCUCGUGAAAUUUUGUCCAGUUUGAUUUUUAAGGCAGUUUUUACAUGGAACAUGUUCAUAGGAAUGGUAGAGUGUAGUUUAUUGAUGAAUUAUGCAAUGCGCCAGGUGUGAAUAGGCUCAGCCUAUCCAUUUCGCUGAAAAAUGUGCAAAGAUUCAGCGUGAGAAACUUGAAAAAAUCGGAAAACCCAAAAAGAAUAUAAGUGUGGAAUCUUGCCGCGAAAAAUAUUCGCUGUCACUCAGGUUACAGUAGGUUGCACUUUUUGCGCUUUUAUCAACCUCAUUUAUCAGGAAAAGAUGUUUCUGAGGAUAACUCUUCGAUAAAAGUGGAGAAUGGCUCUCAGCUUCUGUUGUCCCGAAGAAAAUUAAAGGAAAAGCAGUUUUAAUAGUAAUUAUAGACAGAAAACAAACAAAAAGCGUUCUCCAAUCAGACCCAUUGAUUUUUAUGACGAAUUUUCUAAUUUUCCACAAAGAAACAACCUAAUUCUAUCCAAUCAAUUUGUAAUUUCUUGAAAAUUGAGUCUGACCACCUUAAAACAAUCAAAAAACACUAGCAAGUAGCGAUGCGGGGUCUCGACGCGAAAAAUAGCAGCUGCCAAGGAGAUUACUGUAGGCUUUUCUGCUCGCUUUUAUCAAGUUUCUUUAAGAAAUUUUGAGGUUUUUGAUGGCGAUUUUCAAUUCACAGCGUCGAGAACGAUCCCAGAAAACUUUUGAAUUACUAAAUCGAAAGAAAUCUCGGUUUGAGUCGUUAAUAUGAGCUGAAAUAACAUAAAAUCAGUGCACAGGCCUGUUUGGAGGUCUUUUUUUAAUUGAUUUCCUAAUGCGCCAGGUGAAACGAGGCGCAGACUAAAAAUAUUUAAUAAAAAAAUUCCGAAAUUUUUAUCUGAUUGCCUUAAAGUAAUCGAGAAACUUUGAAGUAUAGCAAUGAGGGGUCUUGCCGCGAAGAGAAGCAGCUGCCGAGGAGGUUACUGUAGGCUUUCCUUCUCAGCUUUAUUAAUUUUUCUCAACCAAAUUUUGAGUUUUUGGUGCAAUUUUUCGAUUAACAGGGUAGAAUUAGUAUCGUAUUAGUUUUAGCCAACAAAUCUGAUGAAAAACUAGUUUUUUGUAGGCGAAACUGCAUGGGAAUGCAUAAAAAUUGUUCUUUUUACUGACCCAAAACUGUUUUUCGAUGAAUUCUCUAAUGAUUGGGGUCAAACCAGGCACAGUUUGAAUAUUUGAGUCAAAAAAAUCAUAAAGUUUUGCAUGACUACCUUAAAACAAUCGGAAAACAGUGGAAAUUUUCUUCCUGCGGUCCUGCCGCGAAGAAUAGCAGCUGCUACUUGGGUUACUGUAGGCUUUUUCCCUUAGAUUUUUCAUUAGUUUUUUCAAUUGAACUUGGAAGUUUUUGAUAUUAAUUUUUCAAUAUGUAAUGUAGCAAACUAUUGUCCGGGUUUUUCUAGUUGGAAAACUCCAUGAAAAAAUAAAUGAGGUUGCUGAUUUAAGCCGAAAACUCUGAAAUUAUUUUUAAUAAACGGGUGAAAAUUUUUCAAUUUUUGAUACAUUUCGUAAUGUGUAAGAUACAUCUAGGCUCAACUGAUCCAGUUUGAUUAAAUUUGUUCUGAAAUUCCGUCUGAUAACCUUAAAAUAAUCGAAAAUCACUGGAGUUUUUCUAUGUGCGGUCCUGCCGCGAAGAAAAGCAGCCGCUAGUAAGAUUACUGUAGGCUUUUCUUUUUUAUUUUUCAUUAGUUUUUUAACUGAUCUUGAAGGUUUUUGAUGGGAGUUUUCAAUAUGGAAUGGAGUGAACUACUUUUCGGAUUUUUCUAGUAUAAAUAAUCCAUGAAAAAGUGAUUGGGGUUGUUAAGCUAGGUCGAAAAUUCAGAAUAUCUCUCCCAAAGCAGGUGAAAACUUAUAAUUUUUAUAAAUUUCGUAAUGUUUGAGGUAGAUCUAGGCUCACCUGAACCAUUUUGAUCGAAUUUGUUUCGAAAUUCCGGCUGAUCACCUUAAAAUAAUCGCAAAUUGCGAGGCUUUCACGAUUUGUGGUAUCGCCGCGAAGAAAACCAGCUGCUACUAGGGUUACUGUAGGUCUAUUUCUUGCUGUUUUUCCAGUUUUUCAAUCAAACUUGAAGUGAUUUUGAUCAGAAAUCAUGGAAUCCAAGAUUUCUUAACUGAACCAAAGAAAUAUAUUUAUAAUUUUAAGGUGGUUUUUCGUCGGAACCGUCCUUUACGUGACGGAUCUCAACGGCGCCGGCAUGUACAAGAACUUUUGGGUCGGCCAAUUUUUGACUGGGCUCAUUCUGACCAUUGCCAAGAUUGUUGGUUUCUGAGAGUUGAAAUCGAUUUCUGGAAAUUUUAGGCUAUCGGGCUUCUUGAUCCGUACCUUCCAUGGCUUGGUAGACGAAUUCUUUUCAUGGGAACUCAGAUUAUCGCCCUCGUUUGCUACUGUUUCAUCAUCUAUUUCCUGUAUACGGAUCAGAAGGUUUUUCAUAAUUCACAUGUUUUUUUUGGAAAAGUUUUGAAAAAGGACGGAAAAAAGAAUACUUCUAUCGAGAAAAUUGGUAAAGAAUCCCAAAACGAAGCGUUAUAAAUGCUCCGGACCAUUUUGAAUUGGACUGAAAACUAUCUUAGGGCAGAUGAAUUGAUUUUCGUAAUGGGAUUUCUCGUGACCUGAUAGCCAUGCGCCUUUAAACUUGAUAACUGUUUUUGACCGAAUUUUCUAAUGUUUUAUUCGGUUUGACUCAGGAACGCCAGAGUGGUCCCUAUUGUGAUAACUUAAGAGACCCUUGAAGGUAUCCCUUUAGUGACUACUUCACCUCACCUAUAAGGACCGUUAUGUUUUGCAAAAGUGGUCUCUUUAGGGGUUUUAGUUAGUGGUUUUAGUUAGGGAGAUUUCCAUAAAAUAUUCAAUAAAUUAGCAUUUUUCUUGUGAAAAGUAUUAACUAGGGAUUUACCGAUCAAGUUUUUUAUUAAAUAUGUCUUUGAACGAAAAAGUUGGAAGGUCCCUAUAGGGACCACUUGGGCUUUAUGGGGCUUUGGGGUCGGACCCUGAACCCCUAUAGGAACUGCGUAAAUUUCACCCCUAGAGAGACUUUUUUUCCCUAAUCCCUGUAGGGACCACUCUAGCGUAUUGAAGUAAGGCGGUUUUUUUUUUGAAUUUCCGUAUUUCCAUUGAGUUGAAGUACAGAAAAGUUACUUUUUUCAAAUAUUUCGUAACUUUUCGGAGAAUCUCAAUUUUUUUUUUCGAAGGAAAAAAUGUUUUUUGAACCUUCUCGGACCUCGUUAACGAAUAGCGGACGUUUUUGAGCAGUUCUAGGGAUCACUUAAGCGGUCUGACGCUACUAAUGUGGUCACUAGAAAUGCUCCGACACGUCCGGGGCGCUUCACGAAAGUCCGAGUUUUCAUAUUUUUCGAUCAAGAAGCUGGAGCAAGGCAACUGCGAACCGUCCAGUCAUUAUUUUCAGUCUUGAGAGGUUUUGAGCUUUUCAGGGAACCUAUGCUUACCUGGCGGUCUACGUUCUCGCCUUCGGAGCCCAGUCACUCACCUUGGAGACUUGCUACUUGUCCCUGGCGGAACUUAUGCCCACCGACGUCAGAUCCACGGCUGGAGCUCUUACGAACUUCCUCAUGAAGAGCGGAUCGGUCAUCGCGGCUCUUGUGGUGAGGAACUAAGACUUGAAACCUUGCGAAUUUCUCGUUCCAGCAACCAAUGAAAAACGUCCACGAGCCGGCGCUCUACUGGUUCAAUUUGUGUUUGGCUGUUCCCGGCGUCAUUCUCGUGUUCUUCUUCUUGGAUGUUAGUUUUUCGAAAAUGCGAAAGAACAACGACGGUCUGAAGAGACGGCAGAGAUGCAGAAAUUCUUUCUUUCUCUGGCGUCUCUUCUAGAUUACUGAUCUCUCAUGCUUGAUUAGUUGAACAAAGGUCAUUUUUGAAUUCCAUUUGCAUUUAGCUGGGAAAGUUUUUAGUGGCCACUAUAGAGGCUCGCCAAGGACUACUUGGAGGGGACACUAAAGUGGCCACUAAACCCACCUCUAUAGUGGCCACUUUUUUUUCGUUUUAGUGGCCACUUCAGUAGAUUUUCAUCCAGUAUUCCUUCCAGUAACUCUGAUAAUUUUAAAACAAACAGAUUGGAACAGUUAUGUUGAUCCAUUGACCCCUAAAGUGGCCACUAAAAUUUUUAGUGGUCUAUUAGUAGCACUUAUACCUCUAUAGUGGCUACUGGUUUUUAGCCCCUAACGUGGCCACUAAUUUGACUACUAUAGUGGCCACUGAAACGUCAGAACCCUAUAGUGGCCACUUAAAGUUUUCCCAGUAGUGACGUAAAAGCAAUAAAAACUUGAGGAAAACUGUGAAAAUCAGUUAGGUUCAUUAAGAAGUUACAUCAGCUUGAGAACAAAAACGAGUUCUUUUGAAAGUUACGAAUAUUUUCAAGGAAUCAAGAGGCUGUAACUUGGAACUCGUCGGACAGGCAGGCGAGGAAAUCGUAUCCGCUUCGAAGUCGUCUUUCUCUCUGAGACCCAGCGCAAAAUCAGACGAGCGCUCGAUUAUCUCGGAGUCUACCAGCCAGAAGUUGGUCAAACUAUUAAAUAUAUAAGUCUGACCAAGAAAAAUUUGAGUAAAAAGAGGUCCUAAAAUGAGCAAUAGAAAUGAGAAAAAAAGAAGAAAAAUUCACAGAAUACUCAAAAAUUGUGUUUUUUUCACCUCAUUUAGUCGUCACUUGAGGGUUUUGAGCACCAAAUUAUUUUUCCACUCAUUUAGUGAUCCCUUAAUGGUUUUGAGCACCAAAUUGUUUUUCCACUCAUUUAGUGAUCCCCUGAGGGUUUCGAGUACCAAAUAAAUGAUAACUCAAAAAAAUCGUGUCAGAAACAAGAAGGAAAAAAAUCUAGAUUAAAAAAAUCAAAUUUUUUUCACUUUUUUUCUUCUAAGUUGAGAGGGUUCACUUCAGUGAUUUUUUUAGUAAUCACUCAAGAGGUUUUUAGUGCCGCUCUAGUAACCACUUAUUUUUUUUCUUUAAGUCUGUGUUUCAAAGAGUUUGUGACAUUUUUAUCGGAAGAAAAUACACAAUAUUCCAAUUUUAUGAAAGUUCAUUCUAUUCAAAAAUUCUAGAGAGAACUCGAGCAUGUCGACGAAAGCCUCGACUCAGACCGAUGCCUAA